GGAAACAAGAGAAGAAGGCAAAGAAGAAGGACGACUGUGAUGCGUUUGCCUCGAUGAUACGGGCAAUGGACAGCUGAUAUCCAAAGCUUAAGCGUUGUUUUCUUUCAGUCUAAUUCAUUAUACGGGUCACUCUCAGGUAUAUUGGCAACAUUGGUUUCUGUACUUUUAGAUAUCAGCAUUGAUGACCUUUCAUGAUUCACGACAUACUUUUACUGUAAAAUCUUUGUAAUUUGAUAUCUUAUCAGCUUCCAAAGGUAGGCACCAUGCAUUAGUACUAUAGUACAUAUUCGAGUCUGUAUCGAUAUUUUAACACCCUCACUUGGUUAUCUGUUUCCAUGACUCAGCUUCUUGUUAAAUUCCUGCGCUCUUGCAUUCGUUUGUUCACGGACACUUUGUUUUGAAUCUUAUCAUGCGUGUACUCCCGAUACCACUUAAUCGAUGGGACACCCACCAAACCAUAUUCUCCAAUGAACCUGCAGCACCGCGACCGGCCCAGUUGCCAUCUGAGCAUCCCACCCGUUCCUUCUGGACUGAUUCUGCACCUAACGUGAAUCCUCUUGCAAGUGAAGGGAGCGAAGGCAUUCUCACAAGUGAGGCCGACGUGUGCAUUAUCGGUUCAGGGAUUACAGGCGUUGGCGUUGCGUACCACCUAGCUGAGUCUGUCGCUGGGGUCGAUCAUGAAGGACCACUCAAGGUGGUAAUCCUUGAAGCACGAGACUUUUGUUCGGGAGCUACUGGUAGGAAUGGCGGACAUCUCACUCCCGCUGCCUUUUUUGAUUUUAAGCGUCACGUCACUGAAUACGGCACCGACGAGGCUAUCCGCUCGCUUGCGCUGGAAGCCCACACAGCGUCAUCUCUCGUUUCGAUCAUAAAUGCUCAUGGUCUGGAGGAAAAGGUGGAUCUCGUGGAAGGUGGGCAUAUCGACCUGCUGAUUACAGAGAAAGAGGUGGAAGAUGCAAGGGAUGACUACGAAGCCGCCGAGAAGGCAGGUGUGGAUUUACGGAACGUGCAAUGGAUGAGUAAAGAGGAAAUGCAAGCGUAUGGCACAUUAUACCCCGCAGUACGCAUUCCAGGACAUAACGUCUGGCCACUCAAACUCGUCACUCAGUUGUACCAUCUUGCACAAGCUCGCGCCGGCCCCAAGUUCUCUUUGUCGCUGCAUACCCGAACCCCUGUCACAGCCAUCAGCAAUGGAGGCGUUACAAUUGGCGAUUCAAAUAAUGCGCGUCCAUACAUCGUUGAAACUCCUCGUGGAUCUAUCUCUUGCUCACGCGUUGUCCAUGCCACAAAUGGGUAUGCAUCGCAUCUUUUGCCAUUUUUAACGGGCCCGGAAGGUAUAGUUCCUACUCGAGGCCAGAUUAUAGCUGUCAGAGCCGCUGCUAGCACGCAGGACAUAGGCAAAAACGGCUGGGGUGGAAAUGAGGGCUUCGAAUAUUGGUUCCCAAGGCCCGUUAGAAGAAGUGAAAACGCUAGUACAUCUGAUGAACAACCUUUGAUCAUCCUGGGUGGCGGACGUGAAGUUGUUACAGAACCCCCUUUUGAGUUAUACGUGGAUGAUGAUUCGACUAAUAAUCAUGACGCGGGUCGCGUAUUGCGAGACUUCUUACCUGCAGUGUUCGAUGGAAGGUUCGAGGCCGGAAGGGAGCCAGAGAUGGAAUGGACUGGCAUCAUGGCGUUUACUAAGUCAGGAGAUCCAUUCGUUGGCCCAGUGUUAGAUCCUUCAGGCCGUGAUUCGGGUGCAUAUAAAGGUCAAUACAUAGCUGCUGGGUACACGGGGCAUGGCAUGCCACGGGCUUUUGGAUGUGCUGAAGUGGUUGCAGAGAUGAUUAUCGCUGAGUUAUCUAGAAAACAGUGGAGCACUCCGGAGUGGUUGCCUGAAGGAUUUCUCACAUGGAACCGCAUACGCAAAUAAAAGGAGAGCGACUAUGUAAACGUAGCAUCUAUGUUUAGCAUCUAACUAGGCUGGAAUAAAUGACCUGAUAGACUCGUUUGUUCCU